ACACACCGCUCACAGGGGACCCUAUAUAAGCGGUGCAGCUGUCAGGUGGAGGACACUGGCUGCUUGUGCGCUGGGGGACGACUCGCUUUAGGGAAUUUACAGCUCUAGAUACUCAUAGAUCCAAAUUGUAACAAUGUCUCACGCUUGGGGAUACGCAGCAAACAACGGACCCGACAAAUGGUGUGAUAACUUCCCUAUUGCCAACGGACCCCGCCAGUCUCCCAUUGACAUCGUACCUGGUGCAGCAUCUUACGACGCGGGGCUGAAGCCGCUCAAGCUGAAGUACGACCCCUCCACCUGUCUUGAUAUCCUCAACAACGGACAUUCCUUCCAAGUGUCCUUCGUAGACGACACCGACAGCUCAACUCUGACAGACGGACCGAUCUCUGGAGUCUACAGGCUCAAGCAGUUUCAUUUCCACUGGGGAGCUUCUGAUGACAAGGGCUCCGAACAUACUGUGGGGGGGACCAAGUAUCCUGCUGAGGUAUGGAUGCUCUGAGCCAUUAUUAUGAAAGUAAUA